CGUUACUCCCGCAAUCGUCAAUGGCUGUGCACGUUCAUUACCACUUAUAACAGCUGUUGCCCUGGCCCUCGGGUAUGCGACCUACAGUGAGAACCUAGUAAGGACCGCACGGGGGUCUCACCAAACAUUUUAUUUUGAAAGUAUUCGAUCCGUGAUGCACUCAAUAUUGUCAUGGAGGAAGAACUCCUACGUGAUGAGUUUUCAUCCUUGGUGAAGAGGUAGCUCGACACAACGGUGCAUACAAGAUUACCAAAGGCCUUCUGGACAAAUUCGGUGAGAAGCGCAUUGUUGACACUCCCAUCACUGAGAUGGGUUUCGCCGCUGGAAAGACUGACUUUAUGUCUGGUGGAAACGUGCCUCGUCAAGGCCUUAGCAGUGCAGCCACUAGUGUUACUGCUUGGUAUGGCUCAGUCCUUGGUCUGAAGGUUGUCAGCCCUUGGAGUGCCGAGGAUUGCAAGGGUCUGCUCAAGGCAGCCAUCCGGGGUCUCAACCCAGUGAUAUUUCUCGAGAAUGAGAUGAUGUACGGUGUCACCUUCCCGAUGUCUUCAGAAGCCAUGUCAGACAACUUUGUCCUUCCUACCAGCAAGGCCAAGGUCGAGCGCGAAGGAACCGAUUUCACGAUUGUCGCACACAGUAAAAUGGUCACUCACAGUAUAGAGGCUUCCGACUUCUUGGUAAGGAGGGUGUCAACGCCGAAGUCAUCAACCUUCGUAGCAUCCGUCUCUCGAUAUCGAUACCAUCAAGGCGCCGGUCAAGAGGACGAACCGCCGGUAACGCAGUCAUCUAGCCUAGUGGAUGAUUACGCAUCUCCUCUAAUCAGUCUCCUAAUCGUCGAGGGCGGUGAGGGCAGACUGAUGUGAAUGCUUCCACUGAAGCUGUGUUGCCUCCUGAAGAUCCGUCUAUCUGCAGGAUGAACUUGACUAU